AUGAAUGAAAUCAGCUGCUGGGACAAAGGGCGCUUCUGCGAGGAUAAUAUUAGGGAUGGUAAUGUAUCGCUAUUAAUUGCGUUACCGGAACGUUUUGAAGUGAUCACGGGCACGCUCCGUUCCAAGCUCUCUGGCACUCGAAUUGAGGAGUGCUGGGUGUUCAACGUGUCGAAAUAUCGCUUGGCGUUUGUCCAAAUAGCGGGCGGGAUAGUGCGGCGGCUGCACUUUUUAUGGAAAACCCUUGAUGAUCUGCUGCAUAUUGGCGCUGGUGGUGGAGGGUUUAAUACAGUUAGGGCAGCGGGGGCUCCCCUCUCCCACGUCACGUAUCGGGGGAGUUUCCGGGAGUCCGCUGGUGGUGAC